AUGCACCCAUUCUUUUUCUCUCAUAAACAACACCAGUUACCCACCCGCAAAAUCAUCUAUCUAUCUAUCUAUCUAUCUAUCUAUCUCCUUUUCUCAUUCUAUCUAUCUAUCUAUCUAUCAUCUCCCUUUCAUAUCUUUCUAUCAUUUAAAUAUCAUUCAUCUAUCUAUCUCCUUUUCAUAUCUCAUCUAUCAUUCAUUCGUUGUUCUAUCUAUCUAUCUCCUUUCACAUUCAUCUAUCUAUCUAUCUCCUUUUCUAUAUCUAUUCAUCUAUCUAUCUAUCUCCCUUUCAUAUCCAUCUAUCCAUCUAUCUAUCUCCUUUCAUAUCUAUCUAUCUAUCUAUCUUUCUCCUUUCUCAUCUUUUAUCUAUCUCCUUUUCAUAUCUAUCUAUCAUUGAUCUCCUUUCAUAUCUAUCUAUUCUAUCUCCUUUUCAUAUCUCUAUCUCUCCCUUCUACCUAUCUAUCUAUCUCUAUCUACUUUUCAUAUCUAUCUAUCUAUCUAUCUAUCUAUCCAUCUAUCUUUUUGGUCUAUCUAUCUCCUUUCAAAUCUAUCUAUCUAUCAAUCUAUCUAUCUAUUUAUCUAUCUAUCUUUUCAUAUCUAUCUAUCUAUCUCUUUCAUAUCUAUCUACUAUCUAUCUAUCUCCUUUUCAUUAAACAAGAUCUAAGAACUAUGCCAAAUAAGGGAACAGAAAUAGGAAGAUUCAAACUUGUGUUUUACUUGUAA